AUGAACGGCACGGAUACACUGGUGAUAAAUACCACAAAUGAGGCACCAUCGACUUUAAAACACCGAGAACUGCCCGAGUUAAUUUUAAAAGUUUACUUGACAAGAGGAAUAAUCGCCAUACCCAUGGCGUUGAUUACAUCUUUCUCGAAUGGUCUUGUAAUGUUUCUGUUUCUGACGGAUCCAAAGAGAUGUCUUCGUUCUUCUCCGAGCUGUCUUCUUGUUGCGAGUCUGGCUCUAGUAGACUUCAUGGUGGGAGGCUUCCUGGAACCCACUGAUGCCUACUACAGCCUUGCCAUAGCUUUUGGACGGCAGCACUCCAUAGGAAGAAAAGACUUGCAAAGCGCUGCAGCUUAUUUUCUCCUCUGCUCAAUGCUUCUACUUUUGCUGAUAACGUUUGAUCGUUACACGGCGAUAUCUCGUCCCAUUCAUUACCCUCACAGAAUCACCAAAAGGAGAGUCUGCAUAAGCGUGGUGAUGGUAUGGAUCUACUGCGCCCUGCUAAUCAUUGGUAUAAGACAGUGGGGCGAAAAGUUCAGGAAUGAAAUUUUCUGUGUUCAUGUCGAUGUAGUCGUGUUGGUUAUAACGGUGCUUUUCUGUAACAUUGUGUACUUGCUGCGUAAGCAGACGAGUAGCUUAAAAAGAUUUAGCAGGUCCUCGGAUGACAUCUUCGUCGUUCGAGCCUCAGAACGCGAGCGUAAAAUAACCAUGACACUAUUACUCAUGCUUGUGAUAUUCCUUGUAUGUACUAUGCCCUGGUUUAUCAUGAUGCAGAUUUUUGACUAUUGUGAUAUUUGCAAAAAGAAUUGGUGGAUCAUGAAGUUGCUGUUUAUUUUGUUCCAAGCUAACUGCGCUUUCAAUCCGUUCUUGUGUACACUGCGGAUGCCUCCUUACAAGACAAGUGUAAAGUUGGCCCUAUUGCGUUUCGAAUUUUUUCGUCGCUGCUUCAGGUCAACUUGUCCCGCAAGGCAAGAAUAUCAGCUUCAAAGGCGAGACGCCAACUGCAGAAACCGAGGGGGCAGAAAAGGAAGACUGGCUUCCAGUUCAAGUUUUGUUUUACCGAAAGCGUUUUAA